UACUCCAACGCAUUCCAAACAAAAUAUAAUCCGAAUUCAGAACGGAUCGGGCGCUGGUAAUUCGGGUUUCGGUUAUUUUUGACAGGCGAUUCCUCCCCUCGUCGCCGUAUGCCAUCGCCUCCCAUGUGAACCAACGUCCUCCUUCGCACUCCACAGCUACAGUUGCAAAACUUGAUUGAUCCAAAGAGGCAUUAGCAUUACAACAAAAGUGACUCCAAAUCAAACACAAAUGGCAACUCAUCUUAUAAAAAGAAUAACUUCAAACCCUUCCCAUUCACCCUUUUCCCUUCGCCUCAAAACAACCUCCUCUCAAUACGUAGCUUCUAGAAUCCGAGAUGCCACAUUUGAAAAGUUCAUGGACAAAUACAAAAACCUCCUAAAAGUUAUCUCCAUUCAAGACCUAAUCCUUGCAAACCCUAACAACCCACCAUCCGUCUCAGUCGAUUUCCUCAACCGCCUCUCUCAAAAACUCCACCUCAACCGUGGCGCCACCGCGUUUUUACGAAAAUACCCUCGAAUAUUCGAAAUCUUCUACGACACCUCCCUCUCUCAACCCUACUGUAAACUCACCCCUUUAGCAAUGCAAAUAUCAAAAGAAGAACACGAAGCUAUUACAAAAACUCACCCUCUUGUUAUCAACCGUUUGGUUCGGCUUUUGUCAAUGUCAUUAUCCAAAACGCUUCCACUUCGAGCUAUAUUCAAAGUGUGGAGGGAACUCGGUCUUCCAGAUGAUUUUGAAGAUUCGAUAAUAUCUCAAAACCCAAAUCUUUUUCUUGUUCUUGAUGCCCAUGAACCCAAUACACAUCUCAUUAAACUUAUCGAUACUAAUCAUGGUCAUGAUCUGACGACAGCUGUCGAAAAUUGGAGGGUUAUGGAGUGUUGUAAAGACGAUUGUAGUGUUGAUAGAACGGAAAUUAGGUUUAGUUUUAAACAUAGUUAUCCUCCAAGUAUGAAAUUAAAGAAGAAUUUUAGGGCUAAAGUUAAAGAAUGGCAAAAGUUGCCUUACAUAGGGCCAUAUGAGGAGGUGAGAGGUGUUAAGAAGAGGAGUAAGAGUGGAGUUAUGGAGGUUGAGAAACGUGCGGUUGGAAUAGUUCAUGAGUUUUUGAGUUUGACUGUGGAGAAGACAGUGGAAGUGGAGAAGAUAAGUCAUUUUAGGAAGUGGUUUGGGAUUGAUUUGAAUGUGAGGGAUUUGUUCUUGGAUCAUCCGGGAAUGUUUUAUUUGUCGACUAAAGGGAAGAGGCAUACGGUUUUUUUAAGAGAAGGGUAUGAGAGAGGGGGUUUGAUUGAUCCAAAUCCUGUGUAUUGUGUGAGGAGGAAGCUUCUUGAUCUUGUGGUGUUGGGUAGACGUGGUUUGAAUUCGGGUGAUUAUAAAUUGAGUGAAAGUGAAAUUGAGAGUGAAGAGGAUGAUGAUGAUGUAGAAGAGAUGGAGAAUGAUUGAUGUAAUGUAUCUAUGCUUAGUUUCUUAUUAAAGAAUCCUCUAUAGUCUUUUAUAACAUUAUAUCUUUAAAAUGGUAGAAGUCACACUUUAAUUUACUCCAACAAAA